AUGGAUCCUUCAAUUAUGGAAAAGUCCUGGGAUGAACUGCCCAACCCGAAAAAGGUCUGGAUCGGAAAACCCGGUUCUCAUGAAGAAGGUCUUGGCCGUCUGGUCCUCCUAACACCCGACCGCGUCGCAAAAGCCGCCCAGACUCAGAUUAUCACAGGAAGAAGAGUUAAUCUAGGCUGGGAUCUGAAUAAGCUAGAGUUUGCUUGUUUUGAUCGCCAACCUUGUGAGAUGAAGAUGGUUCCGUUACUGGAUGGUGUGGCAUUUGAUGAUAUUUACACCUUGAAUCCGCAGCAGAGUAGUCAGUGGGAUGGGCUGAGACAUUUCAGUAUGCCUGUUGAAGAGGGGGGUUCUGAGCGUGUGUUUUAUGGCGGGACUACGAAGGAGGAGAUUCUCGAUCGGGAUAAUGAUAGGAUUGGGAUUCACCAUUGGGCUCAAGAAGGAAUUACAGGUCGCGGUGUUCUCAUCGACUACGCAUCAUGGGCUGAAAAGAAAGGCAUCGAAUACACAACCUUCUCCCAACACACCAUCAAACUCUCCGAAAUUCUGGAAAUCGCAACAGAAUGCAACAUCACUUUCCAACGCGGCGACAUCCUCCUCGUCAGAAUUGGGGUGAUAAAAGAAUGGGAGACAAAAAUGGACGUCUGUGCCAAACGAGCCUACGCCGCAACCAAGUCCCCCAAACAUGCAGGCGUCGAAGGGACGAUGGACGUGCUAAAGUGGAUAUGGAACACGGGUUGCGCAGCUGUGGCUGGCGAUGCGAUUAGUUGGGAGGUGUAUCCGCCUACCGAGGGGGGUGUUUUGAUGCAUGAAUACAUGCUCGCUGGAUGGGGAAUGCCAAUUGGCGAAUUGUUUGAUCUGGAGAGAUUGGCUGAGACGUGCAAGGAGUUGAACCGUUGGACAUUUUUCAUGGUUUCGUCGCCGUUUAACAUGCGUGGGGGAAUAUCUUCUCCGCCGAAUGCGCAAGCUAUUUUCUAG